GUUGUUGACCCAAAUCAUUACCCAAAAAAAAAGAGGGUAAUCUUUGAUUUCUUUUUCGGUUCAUCAAAUUUUAUACCAAAUCUUUCUUUCCUCCUUUUUUUCUAAACUCUUUUCUUUUUUCCCGUUUCUUCACUUUUUACCUUUUUGACUCCUUUUUUUUGUCAUUGUUGAUCUUUCUUUUUUAUUAAUUCUAUUAUACAAAUAGACAACAGUAAUAAUAUAUCAUGGAUACUAGAACCUUAAUUAAACACUGUACAAAUGGUGUUUGUCAUUGUGAUUGGCGUUUGACAAUAUAUGGAUGUGAAGAAGAAAAAGGCGCUUAUAUGAUUAAUAUGGUCAAUAUUGGUAUUUCUGCUUUUGUAUCUAUCAUUGGUAUUAUCAUCUUAUUUCAUCGACUUGCUAUCAAAGGUCAUCAUUUAUUUGAUAUUUCAUUAAGUAAAGGUUGUCUUCGUCCUAUGCCUGUUGAUUGUAUGUUAUUCUUUUUAACCAUUUACAAUAUUCUCCGUCUACUGGCAAGUGUUUUAUUGGUAACUGAUAUUGAACCGGAUAAUUGGGUAGCUCGUUCAUUUGUAUUUGAAAUAAGUUGGCAAUUUGGUUACGGUAGUUUUGCUUUAUAUUUGAUUGGUAUUGCUCAAACCUUGGCUGAUAGUCAUAAAGUAAUUUCAAGCGACUGGUUACCAUCUCCACAAACCGUAGAUUUGGUUGGAUUAACCUUUUUCUUUGCUCCUUUUAUCUUGAAUAAUAUAUGCUCUUUGGCCACAGGGAUUCUUGCCACUCGAAAUCUCUAUGUAGCUGAAAUAUUUAUUCAUUUACUCUAUGUACUUUGGUUCGUCCAUUGUGUCUCUUUAUCAUGUGCUGUCGUAUUAUCUGGUUGGCGACUUGUUCGUAUUUUGAAUCGUCAUUUGGCAAAAUUCCAAACAUCCCGUCCUCGUGCUGCUAGUAUUCAAGCUGGGAUUUUCAAGAUCCGUGCUGUAGUGAUUAUUAUCGCUGUCUGUCUCUUUUCAUUUGCCUCCUUUUUAUUGCUAUAUGGUAUUCUACGUGAUGAAAUCAUGACAAGUACUAUGGGAAAUCUUGUUCUUAGUGGCAUUUGGAAUUGGUUAGGUCCUUUGACUACAUUGGCUGUUGAAGCAGCUAUUUUAUUCAAUCCACAUACGGAUAGCGAAGGUAACAUGUUUGGUCUAAAGACAUCAUCAGCAGAUAAACCCAAUCCAAACACCAGCUAUACUGGCAUGUUUGAUACCCAUUUUUCGAUAUUUGCAAGCGGUCAAGAGGCUAGUUUCCAAGGCACUCUAAGUCGAAAUGCCUUUGAUGAACUCAAACAACAACAUCUUGAAUAUCAACGGCAAUUCCAACAACAGCAAGCAAAAUACCAUCAAUCUGACAAAGAAGAUGAUUCGGGACGGACCGAUAUCUUACCAACAACGGACGAUUAUCAACUAGACAAUAGACAAUAUGGUCAUCAUCCUAAUGCUUCUACCGCCUCGUCACCCUGUUCCUCCUCAUUUGCUCCAAAUAAUAUCAUCUUGACAUCACAAACGGGUAUUCCAUUGGAAGAUGUUGGUUAUAUGGCAAGCAAAUCCGAAGUCGCGCUCAUUCAAUAAGUUACAAUAUCUAUUGUUAGUUUCUUCAAUUUUUCAUUCUUU